AGUGACUUUCUGUCGGUGUUGUUGAAGUUGUGUGUUUGGACUGCCGUCGUCCUGACCUGCUGGACUCACAACGUCUGUGGAACCGGGAGUGAGGACCGUGUUACACUUGGCAACACCAGAUUACUGCAAAGACCAGCUUUGAGCUUGCACAAGGACUUGUGCUUUGGAGCGGAGACGCCAGCUGGAGUCUGCAAUGAUUUAGAUCUUCUUCUGCUCCAGGAUCUCCCCAAAGUUUCAGAGUUGAGGAAACGCUUUGAAGGUGUGACCGGGAGCCGCAGUGACUGGGAAAUGAAAAGGAAGGAGCGUAUGGCUCGGCGACUGGAGGGCGUGGAGGACCAGGUGGCCAACAGAGUCCUGGAAGAGGACACACCGCGGUACACCAGAGCGUCAGACCCUUGUGAGCCUCGUGUUGGCCUGCUGCAAAGGUGCCACACUGCGGGAUUUGAACGCCCAGAAAUGCCGGAGCGACAGUCCGGAGUACAAUGCAGGUCUGAUGCCAAGGUCGCUGGUCCCUUGGAUCACGUCCUCACUUCCUCUCCCGCCAAAGCUCCCGAGUUAGAGUCCAAAGCUGAACGCAUCGCUCGCUACAAGGCGGAGCGCCGUCGGCAACUGGCUGAGCGCUACGGCAUCUCCUUGGACCUGGAGCCGGACGUGGACUACCCGGCCCGCUGCAGUGGCACUCGCCACGAGUCCGAGGGGUCAGAGAGGCGCAGGAAAGAGGAGUUUGACCGGGAAGAAGGAGGUGGAGUGGUGAGCAGAGCCCACCACAGCCCCUCUGACCCCACCUACCAUACCCCCCGGACCAGAGUGGACUCGUCCUCAGAGAGGGAGCGAGUCUUGAACCUGGAGAACCGACGCAGAGGAGCAGUCCCUCAGCCGCCCUACAUGGACGUGUCCUCGCGGCCUGCCAAGGAGCACGCCGCCGCAGCCGUGCCGCCCGGCUCGCCCGAGUGGAGUGGACCCCGGUCUCUGAGCUCGCCCAAGUCGAGUGGACCCCGGUCUCUGAGCUCGCCCAAGUCGAGUGGACCCCGGUCUCUGAGCUCGCCCGGCGUCGUCUGCCAGGAGCAUCACGGACUCAGCAGACAAGGUACAAGGACACAGCUGUGCUCUGAUUGGUUCCUUCAGACCGAUGCAGAGGGCGACACCCACUCCCUAAUCAACUGGCCAUCCAGAGUCCGAGUUAGGGAGAAGCUUGCGAAGGAAGAACGUCGCUACAGGAGCGCGGACGUGGUGGAAGGUCCUGUGUCCCGCAGACUGGUUCCUCCACCAGGAGGUCCAGAUCUUGCUUACCUGUCCAUGGCCUCCAGUGACCCGGACGAAGACCUGGGUGGUGUCCGGACACAAGGUCUACUGAGGAGCAGGAGGGCGGUGCUGCCCUCGGAGGUCCGUCGCAGGGAGAAGAGCACCGAGGACCCCUGUGGAGGACGGGGGGAUGACGAGACCGGGACCUCCGGGCUCCUCCGGCUGGGUGGGGAAGACCCCGGAAGAAGAACCAGAAGGGAAACCCCCAAGCUCUCCAAGCCCACAGAAGACGUGAGGAGCAGAGAGACCGAGGACCGCGUCCAACAAACCUCUGCCGGUCACGUCCAGCCUGGAGCGGUGCCGUCAGCGGGGGGCGCCACGGACCACGCGGCCAACACCACCGCCGCACGGGAGGAAGGCGGCUGUGCGCCCUUUGGGGAGCCCUGGCGGCUGCAGCAAAAUAAGGAAGAGAUGCCCCAGGACCGAAUGGUGUCUGUGGCCCAGCUCAGACAUUCCUACUUGAAGAAAACCUGCACACCUCCCAGCACACGCAGAGCUGAGCUGUCGUGUGUGAGCUCCACCUUUGCUUCCAAUGAAGCUGAAGAGGAGAAAGUGGACGAUCGAGCUAAACUGAGUGUGGCUGCUAAGCGCUCGCUCUUUAGGGAGCUGGAGAAAAACCUCCUUGGAGUCAGUAAGCCACACUCUAGGAACACUGCGGUGGAACGCCGGCUCAGACGGACUCAAGACCGAUCCAGAACUCAACCAGUCACCACGGAGGAGGUGGUCAUCGCUGCCACCCUGCAGGUGACGUCGCAUCACAACAACGUCACGCGGGAACCCACACCAGACCUCCAGGAGGCGGAGACCAGGGUGGGGGGUGGAGUGCAAGAGGAGGCCGACCUCUGCACUCUCAGCCUGGCGGAGAAGAUGGCGCUGUUCAACCGACUAGCUCAGCCCGCUAGCAGAGUGACUCGCAGCAGGCCCGACACUCGCCAGCGCAGGAACAACACUCGCUACCAGACUCAACCCAUCACUCUCAAACACCUGGAGCAGCACCUGUCUUCUUCCUCCUCUUCCACACGGCGAGGAGGCGGAGUCACGCUAUGCAGCGAGCAGGCAGGUGACAUCCACCUGACCAGACCACCAGGUGAGGUCCACCAGGUGGACGAAGCCAGUGGGAGGUGGUCUCAGGAAGAGGAAGCAGGGAAGAGGAGGUCAUCCUCUCCUGAUGGGCGAGUGGCAACCAGGAGGGAGGAAGAGGAAGAGCAGUGGCUGUGGUCAACCCCCCAGAACUCUGACCAGCAGGAAGUGCAGAGAAGACAAACUUUCUGUGCAGAGAUGCCACAGACCACUUCUGCCAGGCCCAAAGGUGUGUACCAUCCCCCGCUGGCAGACACACACUCCGCCCACACCCAACUCCCUGCCAGCCUGCUGCGGUCCGAGGGCGACAUGCUUGAGGUGAUGGCGGCCGCACAUGAGACGGGCAACAUGCGUGAGGUGAUGGCGGCCGCACAUGAGACAGCCAACAUGCGUGAGGCGAUGGCGGCCGCACAUGAGACAGGCAACAUGCGUGAGGCGAUGGCGGCCGCACAUGAGACGGGCGACAUGUGUGAGGCGAUGGCGGCCGCACAUGAGACAGGCAACACGCGUGAGGUGAUGGCGGCCGCACAUGAGACAGCCAACAUGCGUGAGGUGAUGGCGGCCGCACAUGAGACAGGCAACAUGCGUGAGGCGAUGGCGGCCGCACAUGAGACGGGCGACAUGCGUGAGGCGAUGGCGGCCGCACAUGAGACGGGCGACAUGCGUGAGGCGAUGGCGGCCGCACACCUGUCUGUGAAGGAGAGGGUGGCUCUGCUGAAGAGGAGCGGCGAGGACGAGUGGAGGAACAGACUCAGCAGGAAGCAGGGAGCGCUGGAUGUGGCUGUAGGCAACCAACACGCUCACCUGUGGGAGCUGGAGCAGAGCAUGAAGGAGAAGAAGAUGAGAGAGGUUGCCAUGGAGACCCACAGGUCCAUCCAGGAGAGGAAGGAGCAGAUGGAAGCUCAAGAAGAAGCUUGGAGGUCCAAAGGUCAAAGAGCUGCUGACCUCUCUGACCACUUCAGCGUGUCUGCUCGAUUGCAGAAGGAAGGGAAGAUGUCUCCCUGUGUCCCGCACACUAAAGUCAAGAAGAGCAGCAGCAACAUCAUCUCCAAACCUCAGGAAGAGGUGGUCCUGGGAGCUGACAUGAAGGUGGAGUCAGACCACAAGUUGGAGAAGUUGGAGACCUUCCUUGGAAAGAUCAACACAGCAGCAGCGACAACAGAGGCGGGCGUCAUGGUAACGCAGGAGAAGGUGAAGGAGGUGAUGCAACUGGAGGACCAGAUCUUUUCCAAGUUCUUCCCCCGACUGGACCAAGUUCCUCCCGCCGGCAGCAAGAUGGCGCCGCUGGAGGACUUUGACGCCAUCUUUGGUCCUCAGACCCCAGACAGGUUGGUGUCCAGCAUGGUGCGGCACAAGAGAGCGGUGCGGCCCGCACGCAAUGUUCCUGCGUCCAAGAACCCUGUAAAGAUGUUGGCCUCCAGGGAGGACAUCAGACUGCAGUCCAGGGAGCAGCACCUCAACCUGGGCCUGCUGGAGGACACCACCGUGAAAGAGAGUCUGUGUGAGGCGGCGUUGGCGGGCCUGCGCAGCCAGGAGCAGGUGAGCAGCGUGCACCUGCGCAGCGUCCAGGUGUGUGAGGACACGUCCAACAACAGUGCCCCGCCCUACAGGAAAGUCAUGCUGCUGCAGGUCAAAGGUCGCCGCCACGUCCAGACCAGGCUGGUAGAGCCCAGGGCGUCGUCCUUGAACAGCGGCGACUGUUUCCUACUGAUCACGCCGCAGCGCUGCUUCGUCUGGACGGGACAGUUCGCCAACGUCAUGGAGAAGAACAAGGCUGCCGAGUUGGCCAACUUCAUCCAGAAAAAGAAAGAUCUGGGUUGCCGUGCCAACGAGGUCCAGGUGCUGCAAGAAGGUGUGGGCGAGCAGGACAUGGAGGACUUCUGGAAGGUUCUGGGAGGGCGAGCCAGUUACCAACCGGCGGGCGCGGCGGAUGAAGACCAGCUGUACGAGGACGCCAUCGUGGAGACAAACUGUAUCUACAGACUCAGCCUCAACAAGCUGCUGCCAGACCACCUCUUCUGGGCCAGGACGCCUGCCGCGGCUUUACUGCGGCCUACUGAGGUUCUGGUGCUGGACUUUGGCAGUGAGAUGUACAUCUGGCAUGGCAAGGAGGUGACCCUGGCACAGAAGAAGGUGGCCUUCCAGCUGGCCAAGCACCUGUGGAAUGGCACCUUCGACUACACCAACUGUGACAUCAACCCACUGGACCCUGGAGAAUGUAACCCCCGCAUCCCCAAGAAAGGACGAGGGCGUCCUGACUGGGCGCUGUUUGGCAGAGUGACUCAUCACAAUGAAACAGCCUUGUUUAAGGAGAAGUUCUUGGACUGGAGUGAGCCCACAACCACCAUCAGGAGCAGCGGCGACCACCAGCAGCUGACUUCACACCGCCCUCGCGCCUUCCCCGCCGCUCGCAUGAUGGCGCCGCAGCGGGCGCCCGCACGCACCCUGGUGGACGGCGUGGAUGUGGGGCGGGGCUACGGGCUGGUGGAGGUGGACGACCGGCGGUGCUACGAGGUGCGCACCUUGGACGUGGACGUCUGGCACAUUCUGGAGUUUGACUACAGCCGCCUGCCGCGCCAAAGCAUCGGCCAGUUCCACGAGGGCGACGCCUACGUGGUCAAGUGGAAGUUCAUGGUCAGCACCGCAGUGGGGAAGCAUGAGAAGCCCGAGCAGAAGAAGAGUGCAGGACCCGGGAGAGAGAAGUGCUGCUACUUCUUCUGGCAAGGUCGCAACUCCACCAUCAGCGAGAAAGGAACGUCCGCCCUCAUGACCUUGGAACUGGACCAGGAGCGAGGAGCUCAGAUCCAAGUCCAGCAGGGCAAAGAGCCGGCGUGUUUCCUGCAGUGCUUCAGAGGAGGCAUGGUGGUCCACGCUGGGAGGAGAGAGGAAGACCAGGACAACUCACAGUGUGAUUGGCGGCUGUACUGCGUGAGAGGGGAGGCGGAGCUAGAGAGCCACCUGGUGGAGGUGGUGUGUCACUGCAGCAGCCUGCGCUCCAGAGCCUCCAUGUUGUUGCUCAACAGCACGCGGGCACACCUCCACCUGUGGCACGGCUGCAAGGCCCCGCCCCGCACACGCCUCCUCGCCAACAUGGCCGCCGCCAGGAUGCAGCAACUUUGUCCCCUAGAAGCAGGACUACACAACAGCAGCCAAGUGAAGAUCCAAGAAGUUGAAGAAGGAAAAGAAGACAGUGACUUCUGGAAGUCUCUCGGGGGGCGGGACAGGAAGUCGUAUGACUGCAUGCUGCAAGACCCCGGCAGGUUCAACUUCACUCCUCGUCUUUUCCACCUGAGCAGCAGCUCGGGAGACUUUGCUGCUGUGGACCUGACCAGAGAGUCCAGCGGAGUCCAGCCCAUGCCCUUCCUGCAGGAAGACCUGUACUCUGUGGACCAGCCAGCUUUGUUCCUGCUGGACAACCACCACGAGGUCUACCUGUGGCAGGGCUGCUGGCCUCAGGACUCUCAAAGAACUGGAUCUGCACCUGUGCGCUGGGACCUGGACAGGAAGUGUGCCAUGGAGACCGUGCUGCAGUACUGUGCAGCAAAGAAUCCUACAAGACCUCCUAAGGCCUACCUGAUCCACGCUGGUCUGGAACCUUUGACCUUCACCAACAUCUUUCCUACCUGGGAACUCCCACAUGACAUCACACUACAGGAGGCGGAGGUGUGUGAUGAGAUCAUCCUGGUAGAAGAAGAGUUGAGCAGGUUGAGUGAGAGUGUGUAUCCUCUACAUCACCUGCUGGCCCGCCCACUGCCUGAAGGUGUUGACCCUCUCCACCUGGAGGUCUACCUGUCUGACCACGACUUCAAGGAAGGUCUAGAGCUGACGAGAGAAGACUACAAUCAUCUGCCUGAAUGGAAACAAGUCAAGCUGAAGAAAAGCAAAGGACUUUUCUAACACAAACCUUUUUUUAAAAGUACUUGUCUUGUAGUUUCUUGUCCUGGGUCCAUCCUGGUGACAGUACACACUUACAGUACACUUUCAAAUGUCCAUGUACAUACAGUACACAUUAAAGUGUGCACUUACUUAGUGUACUCACAUUGAGUGUAUGCCAUUAUUAUAUAAGAUAUUUGUGCCAAACUUAAUUUAAAUGUUUGUUUCACGACUAACUCCAUAUUUGUAAAAGGUGCCUUGAUGUACAGUUUAUAUACAAACUUUUUCUGCUAUUAAUACCUCGAGAGAAAUAAAUACUAACAAAAUUAUUA